AUGUUCAACACCGUUAAGAAACAGGUCACAAGAACCCUACACAAUCCAAAUGUGCACGUUCUUUCCCUCUACCGCAUAAGCAUUGUAUCAACAUCGUCUCAUACUUUGACCCCCACGCGAUGCCUUUCUUUCAAAAUCCCCAAUAUCUUCAAAGCGGUUCAACAAGCAAACAAAAUCGAUGAAAGGUUUGACGAAUUGGGGAAAUCUCCCACCAAGGACAAAGUCCAACAAGUAAUUGAUGCAGUCAAAGAUACACCAGAGCUCCUAUUCCAAUUGAAUUUCUUUUUUUACGAGUGUCGAAAAUUGGGUAUAACCCAUGACAAUGCCAAUCAUCGUACUCGUAAAUGGACUUAUUGGCCAAAUAUGAUUUUCAAAUUGAUCCCUUUAAAUUCAGCCUUUUGGGAUACUUGUUACCUGUUGGACAAAGCACAACAUCAACAUCGAUUGACGCCAUUUAAGCUACAGGAUAUUGGAUUAUUGGAUCCCAAGAAUUUCCCACCUGAUUUUAUUCGACAAUUGGCUACGGGUGAAUAUAAUGGCAUUGAUUUUAGAAAUGUUAUUAUUUUUGCAUUCUCAAGACCUAAAUUUACGACAAAGGUUGAUGAAACCAAAUCUGAAUAA